AUGGGUAACACAGCGUCCGGAUUUCCCAAUGGACCCCCAAAUCAAAACCAAAAAGAUCAGAAGGAUAAAGACAAGGAUAAGAAGAAGUUUGAACCUCCGCCAAUGCCGCCUUCGAACCGUCGUAAGAAGAGACGUGGUCCAGCUGCAUCUUCCAAACUUCCAACCAUAACACCAACCGCGCGGUGUCGCCUCCGACUGCUCAAGAUGGAGCGCGUCAAGGAUUAUCUACUCCUCGAGGAAGAAUUUAUCGCCAAUCAGGCUGCACACAACCCUUCAUCCCUCACAUCCCCUACUAAACGCGAUUUGCAGUCUGAAGAGGAGCGAACACGCGUGGAUGAUAUGCGAGGUAGCCCGAUGGCCGUCGGGACGCUCGAGGAGCUGAUUGAUGAGGACCAUGCCAUUGUAUCGACGAGUAGUGGGCCAGAGUAUUAUGUUGCCGUCAUGAGCUUUGUCGACAAGGAUAUGCUCGAGCCUGGAUGCACCGUCUUGCUGCAUCACAAGACACAUGCCGUCGUUGGAGUUUUGCAAGAUGAUCAAGAUCCCAUGGUCAGCGUCAUGAAACUCGAAAAGGCGCCGACAGAGAGCUAUGCCGAUAUUGGUGGACUGGAUGCCCAGAUCCAGGAAAUCAAGGAAGCUGUAGAGCUACCAUUGACACAUCCAGAACUGUACGAGGAGAUGGGCAUUAACCCUCCAAAGGGUGUUAUCCUCUAUGGCGUCCCCGGAACUGGCAAAACGCUCCUCGCCAAGGCAGUCGCGAAUUCGACGUCUGCGACCUUCCUCCGUGUCACUGGUAGCGAGCUCAUCCAAAAGUACUUGGGUGAUGGUCCAAAACUCGUUCGAGAAUUAUUCCGAGUGGCAGAAGAGCAUGCCCCCAGUAUUGUCUUCAUCGACGAAAUUGACGCCAUCGGUAGCAAGCGAUACGAUUCAACAUCUGGCGGAGAGCGCGAGAUUCAACGUACCAUGUUGGAGCUUCUAAACCAGCUCGACGGUUUCGACACACGAGGAGACGUUAAAGUCAUCAUGGCCACCAAUCGUAUCGACUCCCUGGACCCGGCUCUUAUCCGUCCUGGUCGUAUCGACCGAAAGAUUGAGUUCCCGUUACCAGACAUCAAGACGAAGCGACACAUCUUUAAGCUACAUACGAGCCGAAUGAACCUCAGCGACGACGUGGACCUCGAGGAGUACGUGGCCGCCAAAGACGAUCUUAGUGGUGCAGAUAUCAAGGCGGUCUGCACUGAAGCCGGAUUGUUGGCGCUACGUGAACGCCGAAUGAGGGUCACAAAGGCAGAUUUCUCAGCUGCAAGAGAGAAGGUCUUGUACCGCAAGAACGAGGGUACUCCAGAGGGAUUGUAUCUCUGA